AUUGGCCCGUUUGAAUCCUCUCCGAGCGCUGUGAUUGGUCCGUUUUGAAUUGCGUCAGCGCGGUCAGUUUGAACGGCCGAAAUCCUCCAACAGCAGAAAGCACACCUACAUACCCUCACAGCGCUGCUGUACCGGCGGAUUUACAGCGAAUUUAGAAGAUGGACGACUACCUGAAGAUAGAGAAGAUCGGAGAGGGAACAUAUGGAGUGGUGUACAAAGGCCGUCACAAGUCCACAGGUCAGGUGGUGGCCCUGAAGAAGAUCCGCUUGGAAAGUGAGGAGGAGGGGGUCCCCAGCACGGCAGUCCGAGAAAUCUCCCUGCUCAAAGAGCUUCAACACCCCAACGUUGUACGGCUGCUGGAUGUGCUGAUGCAGGAGUCGAAACUGUACCUGGUGUUUGAGUUUCUGUCGAUGGAUCUGAAGAAGUACCUGGACUCCAUUCCUUCAGGACAGUACAUGGAGCCCAUGCUUGUUAAGAGUUACCUGUAUCAGAUCCUGGAGGGGAUUCUGUUCUGUCACUGUCGCCGUGUUCUGCAUCGCGACCUGAAGCCCCAGAACCUACUGAUCGAUAACAAAGGUGUGAUCAAGCUGGCGGACUUCGGCCUGGCCCGCGCUUUCGGAGUGCCCGUCAGAGUCUACACGCACGAGGUGGUGACACUGUGGUACAGAGCUCCAGAGGUGCUGUUGGGAGCGUCUCGUUACUCCACUCCUGUGGACGUCUGGAGUAUCGGGACCAUCUUCGCGGAACUGGCCACCAAAAAACCUCUGUUCCACGGAGAUUCAGAGAUAGACCAGCUCUUCAGGAUCUUCAGGAUUCUGGGUACCCCCAAUAACGAGGUAUGGCCGGAUGUGGAGUCGUUGCCCGAUUACAAGAACACCUUCCCCAAGUGGAAGUCGGGUAGUUUGAGCAGUAUGGUGAAGAACCUGGACAAGAACGGCAUCGACCUGCUCGGGAAAAUGCUGACCUAUGAUCCUCUGAAGAGGAUUUCUGCACGACAGGCCAUGACCCACCCUUACUUUGACGAUCUGGAUAAAACCACUCUUCCUGCCAGCAACUUGAAGAGCUAAACGCUCCGUCAUUCACAUGUACAUGCAGAGCUGACUAAACGGAAAAAACUCAGUACAGAGCACACCUGACCCCCAGCACUCUGAACACAGAGCUUCCACCCUUCUAAAACCAUUAUUUAACUCUAGAACCCAUAAUGGAAGAAUCUAGAACUCUGUCUCACAAUUUUGGUGAAAUUCUGUGUCCUAUAACUUUAAUUUUACAGCUGUGCGAUGUGUCAUUCAAGUGUUAUUGCGAUGUUGGCCUUUGCAAUACUGAUAUAACACAAGGCUGCAAUAUGCAAAUAAGUCUUUAACCAAUCACAUGAUUGGUUUGUUCACUGUGAGUUUCCUGGCCAAUCACAGAUGCAAUUCUGUGGGUAUUUUUAAUGAAUCCAGGCAGCCUAAUCAGUUGAAAUAAUUAGCAGUAGUGCAUCAUUUAUUUAUGCCACAUUUUGAGACGUAACACAGUCACAGCAUGUAUAGAUGUCAUUGCUAUGUGGAUGUUCAGUCUACAUCAUGCAGCCCUUGAUGAUUCUUGAUGGUUCUGGCUGAGAGAGCUCUGGUUGGUCACUGCACUGAUGCAGGCUUUGCAAUCCGAUGACGCAGCAAUAACGAUCCACCUCUUCGUCCUGUGUCUUUGUUUGUUUGUGUUUGUAUAGUUUUGUAUGUUUUCCUAUACUUAUACUUUGUAUCUAACCUAAGAAGGCUCUGGUCUGUAAAUAAACAUGCAAUAUGUUGGAGUUGAAAAAGGCUGAGAGCAAAUCUAUCCUCAAUAAAGUGCACUUUGUGGGA